AUGAAAAUAGUUUCGGCACUUUUUUAUCUGUACUUAAAAUACAUACACAGAACUCUGACAGAAGCAAUGUUUGUUUUAAAAUGCACAACGCUCUUGGCUUUCCUAAACAAUUUCAACAUUAUCAUUGGGCGAAGUUUAGAAAACGAAGCAGCUAUUAACAGCGAUAAACAUUCGCAAAUAUCAGUAGAUUUAAAUUCAACUAUGGCAAAGAAAAAACAAUAUCUUCAACUCGUUUGUAUGCCUUAUAAGGUGUGCCCCUUUCCAACGCCUCCCACCUCACCUACGCCACCACCUUGGGUUGCUCCAAUGUUUCCAUUCAAAUGUAAAGAAUUUGGAACCUGUCCGAUAAAAAAGACACAAAAGAAACGCAGAGGUUGCUGCAGAAAAUGCAAACAAUCCACAAAAAACUGUCGUAGAGAUUCGAAAGCUCAAAUGUACCAUAUGUGUUACCAUUUUGCUCUUGGGUGCCUCCAUUCAUGUCAAAUGCAGUUCAAAUGUUAAAAAAUGGUCUCGUUGAAGAUUUGGGAUUUAGACAACCUUCUGUAAAUAAUUACAAACAAAAGAAUUAAACAAAUUCCUUCUUUUCGUAUCUUUUGCUAAUAAGUUCUCCCUGUAACAUAUAGAUUUGCCAUUUAAUAAAAGAAUUCACAACAAAC